CACGGACUCGAAGGCAAUCGUAGUUGAUCGGAGUACACAGACCGACGCGGACGGUUGCGACACAGUGUUUUCCAUACGUCACUGUGAAUCGGUAUAGUUGAUUUACGAAAGGUUCUCGUUCCAUCACCUGUUCACCUUCGAGGCUCCAAAGUGGACGCAGAAGUGUCGAGGCCGUCGCGGAAGACGGUGAAUUUUUAGUCGGUCCCUUGGUCAUUCGCAGGAAUGGCGCCAGCAAUCAGUAAAUUCGCGACGAGGCGUACGUUAGCUGGAGUCUGUGCACUGUCCGCGUUGAUAUGGAUCCUGAAAAGAAGGGGCAAAAAGCAGGUCGCCAAGAACAGGGACGCCUGGCUCGUCCAUGACAUUCAGUAUGUUAUCAAAGAGCAAAAGCCGAAAACUCCAAAGGCUUACGUUAACAAGAUGUUCUUCAAACAACUGCGUCAACUGCUCGGAAUUGGCAUACCUUCUAUCAUAUCCGCUGAAUUUGGAUUCGUUGUUCUCGUCGCUGUAUCGCUGGUGGCAAGAUCUCUCUGUGACCUUUGGAUGAUAAACAUAAGUACUUUGAUAGAAUCCUCGAUCGUUAAUAUGGAUACGCCGUUAUUUAAAAAGCGUUUGAUUAAGUUUAUGGCUGCGUUGCCUGUGAUAUCUAUUGUGAACAACGUACUGAAAUAUGGUAUAUACGAAAUGAAGUUGAGGUUGCGUACAAAUAUCACUCGAGAAUUACUGGAUCAGUAUCUUAAGGGUUUUACGUACUACAAGAUGAGCAAUUUAGACAGCCGAAUAGCGAAUCCAGAUCAGCUUUUAACCACCGACGUCGAUAAAUUUUGCGACAGUUGCACGGAUCUCUACAGCAACGUUGCGAAACCUUUGCUAGAUAUCGUUAUCUACGUUUACAGGCUCACAGCGAAUCUCGGUGGUCAGACACCAGUAUUUAUGCUUUCGUACCUUGUCUUUGCUGGUGCCCUACUAACGCAUUUCCGUAAGCCUAUUGGUCCCAUGACUGUAAAAGAACAACGGCUCGAGGGCGAAUAUCGUCAUAUCAACUCACGUUUAAUUACCAAUUCCGAGGAAAUUGCAUUUUAUCAAGGGAAUAAUAGAGAAAAGUUAACUUUAUUGACUAGCUUCUACAUACUGGUAACGCACCUCCGUAAGUCCUUGGAAUUCAAAACUCUCAUAGGAGUGGUUGACAAUUUCAUUGGAAAAUAUAUGGCAACGAUAGUGGGUUUCUAUGCAGUAAGCAUACCAUUCUUUCAAAAGAAUCAUCGUAUCCUAUCUGGAACCCCUGAUCAUCGGUUCAAAAGUUAUUACACAUAUGGUAGAAUGUUGGUAAAACUGGCAGAAGCUAUAGGUAGAUUAGUCUUAGCUGGUAGAGAAAUGACGCGGCUGGCAGGGUUCACAGCUCGAGUUAUGGAGCUGAAGGUCGUCCUUGACGACCUGAACUCCGGCAAAUACACGAGGACAAUGAUUUCCGACUUUAAAGACGAGCCGAUAGGAAGCCCGGGUGAGGGAAAGAUCGUGAACAAAGAUAACGUUAUAUGCUUUGAUCGAGUGCCACUGAUAACGCCCAACGGAGAUAUUCUUAUCAAAGAAUUAUCGUUCGAAGUGAAAUCUGGAAUGAACGUAUUGGUAUGCGGGCCGAACGGCUGCGGGAAGAGUUCCCUUUUCAGAAUUCUCGGGGAACUGUGGCCAGUCUGGAGAGGAACGGUGACGAAACCGCCGCGUGGAAAAUUAUUUUACAUUCCACAACGUCCCUACAUGACGUUGGGUACCCUGAGGGAUCAAGUGAUCUAUCCUCACACAAAGGCGGAGAUGGUGAGGCGCGGGCAAAUGACGGACGACGAUUUGAAGAAACUGCUGGACUUGGUUCAGCUGGGUCACCUUCUCGAAAGAGAGAACACCACGAAUUCCGGAGGAGCUUGGGAUGUCGUGGCAGACUGGAUAGACGUCCUGUCGGGUGGCGAAAAGCAACGCAUAGCUAUGGCUCGGUUGUUCUAUCACAAGCCUCAGUUUGCGAUUCUGGACGAAUGCACGAGCGCCGUAAGCGUGGACGUCGAAGACUCCAUGUACUCUUAUUGUAGGCAGGCGAAUAUUACUUUGUUUACGGUUUCGCAUCGUCGAUCCCUUUGGAAACACCACGAGUACUACCUGCAAAUGGACGGAAGGGGAGGAUUUGAAUUCAAGCCGAUCGAGGCCGACACCGAAGAAUUUGGCUCGUGAAUUUUGAUGUCCCUUGCGUUUGAAGAUGCUUGCCGAAAUGCAAGGGACGGUCACGUCGUAUUCCAAUAAAUCUAAAGUAAUUGAAUGUCGAUUCGCUGCGUCGUGUACGACGUCGCACAUGCAGUGUACAGCACUAUGUAUGUAUUAUAUGUAUUGUUGUUAGAAUUGCACAAAAUUUCCGAGUAUUGUGUAUAUUAAUAUUUUAAAGAUAGCGCAUAAUAACUGUAUAUUUUGAUAACGAUAUUUUUUUAUAAAGAAACAUGAAAGCCGUGAAACCGUUACCAAUACACUGCGAUAUAGGCCUUAACGUGAUAUGUUUCCACGAGUACACUUAACACGUUGAUCGCCACGUCACCUAUAUGUGGGUGACAGUGCUUUUCACUGAAGAACUAAAAAUAUUAAUUGUAAAAGUUAAGCUUCACAGGAAAUGAAUUUAAAUGAAAUUCGUGUAUUUUGAUGAAGUUACAAAACUAAAUACCACGACGGAUGUUUGAUUGUGUAGUCUCCGAUAGUUUGAAUAAUAUUUAAUCCUAGCAGAAAUUUUCAAGAGUAUUUCUAUGGCAGUCAACGUGUUAAACGUUAACGUGUCGAUACAUAUUCUUCCAGUACGGGAGUGGCGAGUAGAGGAGUAUCAUUUUUUUGAGGGAUUGUAAGAUUAAGCUGGCGUUCGACUAAAGCAACGUAUUUUUGAUACUUGAUGAUUUUUUCAUUCUACGAUCUGUAGGUAGUGAACGUUAAACAUAUUCUCGUUCGUUACGAUAUUCAAACGUGCAUAUAUUAAUAUAUAAAUAUAUAUAUAUGUCGAAACAUUCAGACGCGAAGGAAGUACAUGAAUACGAAAUGUGUAUACGAAAGGAAGUACUCGAAAUCAUUUUUCUACUUUAAGAAUGUAAUUGUGAUUCGUUAUGUGUAGAUCACAUUGAAUAGGCAUUGCCAGAACAAUAUAUUCGAUUGCUGGUCAAUAAAAAUGCGCAAUAAAAUUAAAA